GUACUACGCCUCAAAAGGUCCAUUCUAUAGUUGAAGAUGGCCACUUAAAGUACUCGUCAAAAUGUCUGUUGCAAAAAUGUAUCCGUCUACGAUAGAGAUUCUCGACGCUGCUGCGAAACCGACACGAAUUAUUACGACAGCAAAUAAGGAUUUAAACAACAUUUUAUUUACUCCCAAAGAUCGUGAUUUUACGAAGAAUUUGCCGUCGUGCUGUGAACGAUAUCUAUUGCGUGAUCACGUUCGUCACGCCAGCAAGCACUGUAUAUCUCCAUACAGACGCUUUGUAAGAAGACGGAGAAGUAGUGGUGGAAUACUAAUUUGGUGAAUAAGAGUACACUAGGGAUUUAUGUGCAUCUUGGAUCUCGGCAUCUAGAUUUAUCUAGAAAUUUUGCCUUGUGUUUAUCAGCAGUCUCUUCCAUUGAAUCCAAUAUACAAGAGACACAUUCUGCAGACACAAUGGAAAGAAUACAUACUACAAACUAUGUUUCAUAUGGAAUAAACAAUGCGUCAUUUAUGAGAGGAAAAAAUUUCAUCCAAUCUGUUUGGAAUCGGUACACUGGUGGAAAUUUUUUAAGAAGACCAUCUAUGUUUUUAUCGAGAAUGAGUAAUCCAUUGUCUGUAACACUCGUAAAUGAUGAUCUAAUAAGACCUGCGUCUGAGUUAAUGGAAAAAUCGAGCAUGCAAGAGGAAACGUCUAUUGAUAUUAAACGACGCAUAAACAAGCUUAUUUAUAAAACUAUGCUGCUGCAACCCGUUACAAGAGUCGAUCCGUCUAUCAAAGUCGAUCGCCCGAAUAUAUUGUCCUUCGACUUUGGCGAUAUUAACAAAAUGCACGACGAAGAUCUAAUCAUAGAAAAUUUUACACAUAUAAAUAUAAUGAACUCUGUCGUGGGUAAAGAUGAAAGCACAAUAGAAUCUCAUUCUGUGUCGAACGUUCAUGAGAACGAAAAGUUAAAUAAUAUAAGUAAUAAUUCUUGUCCUACAGAAAUUUCUUUACAAAAAUCUACAGAUACCGAUAAAGACACCUCAGAUAUGGACAAGGAAUUUAUCUCGAAUGACGUUGAUAUUAACAUAGACGCAAAGUCUUUUUUUAUAGUAUCUCAUUCGGAUGUACCUGAACUUGUACAACCAAUCAAGACAACUCCAAUAUCGGCACGUUGGUCCGUCAUAUGUCAAGACGUUUGGAACCGUCUGACUAAUCGAUUUUACGAUUUUAAAAUGAAUUCUAUGAAUUCAGAAAUGUCUGUCAAGCGACCGUCAUAUUUAUCAAAGCGAUUCUGCCGAAGAAGGGCCAACGCCAUUGCAAUGGGCAGAGGUCGUGGUAGAGCAAGAUGUCAACUCAGACGUUCUGGAGUGAGUCAAACUAGACAUCGGAAGGAACGCACAAAGCACGAUCUCACUAUGAUCAUUAAACUGGAUUACGAGCUUUAUGAAAACGACGAGAUACAAUAUUAUACAAAACCUACAUUGAAUGAUAAAUCUGCUAACUUGGACGAUGUAGAUGGUUACGAUGUUCCAGAUGGUGCUCUCUUUAUGAAACGGACUAGUCCUGUAAUAUUAAGUUCUUCCGAUGUAACGCCUACGAAACGAAAACCACAGAUGCCUAAGAACCAGGAAAUAGUGAAACAUCCGACUAGAAUGCGUUAUGUCGAUUCUUCGACAAAGAGUACUAAAGACUGUGAAACGUCUGAUAUAGAGAAAAAUUUAUGUCAAUUGCAAGCGACUUCUGUCGAUUCGGAAGUGGAGGAAUAUACGAGUGGAUAUGAUACUAUUGAGUUUUGGAUGAAGACCAACGAGGAUUGUAGCACUAAAUAUGAUACACAUAACAAUUCAUUCCGAGGGCGGUUUUUAUCGGAGUCUUCUGUCGAUUCUGAUGAUAGUUUUAUAAUUUUCGAAAACGAAUCUCCGAAGAAUCAAGAAGUGAAAUAUCCAAGAGUACGUUAUGUAGUUGAUCCUCUAACAAAGAUUAACAGUUACCACAAGGAUUCUAAUAGUAAAACAUCUAAUAUACAAAAGAAUACAUUACGAUCGCGUUUAUUGUCGGAGAGUUCUUCCGCCGAUUCUGAAGAUAGUUUUGUAGUUUUUGAAACCAGCAACGAUGAAUCGUCCAAAGAAGGAGCAGAAGAUCCGAUCGGAAUACAUGAUGUAUCUAAUUUUUCGACAAAAAUCAACGAUUAUUUCAAGGAUUAUAAUAGCAAGCUAUAUAUGCACGAAGAUUCGUUACAAUUUUCAGAAAAUUCCGAAGAUAACGAAGAUACUGAAGAUAAUUUCUGCAUAGUAUUCAACACUAAAUUAGAAGAGAAUUGCACAACCGAUAAUUUUGAUUAUAUUAAAACGAGCACCCCCACAGCAUUAAACAGCUUAAUAGAAGACGAAUCAACAAUUGAAAAUAAUGAAGACAGCGAGGAAUCAAUAAAUAAAAUACAAAUGAAGAAGGUGAGUUUUGCUCCGACUCCAAUCGUACACGUCAUGAUAACAUGGAAUUACGCAUAUCGAGCAGCUCGGAAAGGUCAAUGGGAAGAAAUGGCACGGGAUAACGAAAGAUUUAAAGGACGUAUAAAUUCCAUCGCGGCUGUCCUUAAUCCAAUUUUGACAAGUAAACAUCGCUCUAAAGUUUGGCAGGAACGAUUCGUUUUUCAAGAAUAAUUUAUCCUUUUAACAAUGUAAAGUAAUUUGUAAUAGAGAACGAGGAAGAGAAAGGAGUAAGAGAGAGAUACAAAGAAUAAUGGUUGUAUCGUAUCAUAUUCUAAUGUAAUGCAUGAUACAAUCUUUUUUCAUAGCUCUCUCUCGUUUUCUCUAUAUUCUCUACUAUAAAUUAUCUCUUAUAUUGUUACAUAAGAUAUAGGAAAUAAUGCAUAAUUAGAUAAUUGUAUUGUUUAAGUAGUAGAAUGUAAGAUAAAAGUUAAAUUAAUAUCUUCGAAAUGCAGAAAAUGGCUGUGAACAUUAUUACAAAGAAAUCGUUUUUAGUGUAUGGCUGAGAUAUAUGGCGUGUCCAAUAUGAUAUGUUUUCUCAAUUUUAAUUAAAAUAAUAAUCACGCUAUUAAUUUUAUAAUAUUCUUUACAAAAGGGAAAUCAACUAAGUGAAUCGGAACCGAUGCGAAAAUUCUUUCCUUUCAAAUCUCAUUUAUUA